AUGCCUUCCGCGUCUCCGUCGCCGAUGAAACGGCCGUCUCUGAACGAACGCACCCUGUCCACCCAGUCCUUGUCCUCCUCUGGCAAACAAGCCACAGGUCACAAAGUUCACCGCCCGCAGAAGGUCACUAGACAUUCAAGAAACGUAUCUCACGGGAAAGGUCUGAGCAAGCUGGGUCGAAAUCACUCGACCGCAGCCAUUCUGACCGAUCAUCACCACCACCGCAAAAAGUCCAGCGGGACCACACCACCUCAGAGCCCAAAGACUCCUCUCGUGAAGCGAAACAGUUCUCAUGCCGCUUUGCCGAAAAAUCAAUCUCACGGAAACCUUCGAAAGAACCAGUCCGCAAAUGCAUUGGCGCGCAAUCUCUCACACCCAGCCCUAAAGAAGAUUGGUCUUGCUCCAGCACCCAAGCAGAAGACCAAGAAAAAGGAUGGAGUUUUUCAGCUGGGAGAUCAUUCCUCGGAUGAAGAGGAGGCAGAAUGGGAGGACUCCAACACGCAGUCGCCGGAAAUGACUAGGAACAAUUCCAAGACAUCUACACCUCUGAAAGUCGGUACUCCCGAUGACGAAGAAGUCACAGACAAUGGCAUGGAAGCGAGUAUGGCUCGCCACACGCGAAGAACUUCCUCUCCGCCUGCUCCUUCGUUACGAACAAACAAUAGAUCGGCGCCGAAUCUGAGAAAAGACUCCAACAUGUCCCCGCCUCAACUGGCUCCUGAUCCUGCUCUCCUCCACCAACAGCACCGCGCAUCUCGAGCUCCGCCGGCAAUGUCGACAGUAUCUGCUCUCGCAGGACCCAGUCAACUACUACGGAGUGAAUCCUCGAAGUCCUUUACUCAUAUAACUCAUGGUGAAGCGGCCUCGACACAUACUCUCCCGGGCAUGUCUGGGUCCGGACAGGCUGCAGCCUCGUCAUCUGCCGAUGGCGGUGUUUCUCAUUUCCUGUCUGAAAGCGCAGCUCCCUCACGCCAGCAAGUGAUUGACGAAUCUGACGACGACUCUCCGUCGACAUUUAUGGACAACUACAAACCGCAACCUUCGGAAUCUCCCGAGAAGACGAGGACACUGCACAAAGUCCGGUUACCAACCCACCCAUCCAGGACACAGCAGAAGCUUGAGUUGCAACGACGGGAAAUUAUGCGCGCAAGUGCGGCGACUCCGACGACACCCCCUGCACAUGGCAUGGGUCUCAGUAUUGGUUCGUCGACUUCGUUGCAUAGCCGGACCAGCUCCAGAAAUCGGAACAGAUCUUUAGCUGGUGGACGAGGUCUGGCAGGCGACCUGAAAGCGAUCCAAAAGGACUAUGAGAGUGCAGUCAAACAGAUCACCGUAGUGAGGAAGUUUCGAAGUCCGAUCAUCGAAAGUAUGCUUAGACUGAAGGAAGACAAUGCUCUACCUGCCGAACUGGGCCAAGGUUCGUCUGCCAUUCCCACCUCGAAGAGUAGGCCAGCAAGCCGGCGUGGGCCCGGCACAACCACUAUCAACGGGCGAAGUCUCGAGGACAAGAAGCCCGCACUGGUGUCUCGGAGCAGCCAUCGUACUAGUCAGAGCGGAAGAGUUCACUUCCAGCGACAAAGCAGUCACGAGAACAUCGGAGUGACGCCCUCUCAAGGCAGUCCGGACGACGAUGGACGGGAUGACGAGCACGGGCUCAGCCCAGAAGAGGCCUUGCUCCGACGCAUAUGGGAAAGCCGGGGGUUUUACGAGGCUGGGGAUGUGGCGCCACCUUCUCGGUGA